AUGCUCAUCACAUCUUUCAUCCUGUCUAGCUUUGUGGUCUUGGCCAUUGCCCGCCUCCAAGGCCCCAAGGCCGGCUCAAACAAGGACACGGCCUUAAUAUGCGACGUUGGAGAGCCAACCAAGGCGUUCCUAGAACAGGCCGGCUCAUUUCAAAUUGCUGAACAAAGGGUUAAUUCACAAAACAUGCUCGCAGCGGGGAGUAUUGGCGUCAAAGUAUACUACCACGUCGUCGCGAUAGAUGAUACCGAAGAGCUCGGGUACAUCCCCGAGAAAACAAUUCGUAAGCAGCACGCAGUCAUUAAUGCUGCUUUCCGCGGCUCAGGCAUCAAUUUUGUCUUCCAAAGCCUUGACUACACCAUCAACCCAGCGUGGUCAAUGUCCUACAACGACACCGAGAUGAGGACGAAGCUCCGAAAGGGACGGUAUCAAGACCUAAACUUGUACUUUACACAGCAGCUCACGAAUGGAGGAUUCUAUCUUCUCGGCAGGUGUACGCUUCCAACGAAUGCACCGGAGGGGACUCUAGCUUUCAACAUGGACGGCUGCAAUGUGCACGGUGAUACGCUGCCCGACGGCGUGUUCCUAGGAGGCAGCAAGGGAUACACUGCUGUUCACGAGAUUGGCCAUUGGUUUGGUCUGUUGCACACCUUCCAGGGUGGCUGCUAUGGCUCUGGUGAUUUUGUGGAUGAUACUCCUGCUCAGGCACAGGCAAAUUAUAUAUGUCCCACGGAAUUUCCAGAUACUUGUGUUGGGGAUGACUUUCCAGGCCUGGAUCCCAUUAAUAACUUUAUGGACUUUUCCGAUGAUAAGUGCAAGAAUACUUUUACCGUUGGCCAGAUUAACCGAAUGAAGAGCUUCUGGAACCUUUGGCGAAAAGACACGUAA